CCCUGGUGUCAGUUGGGGGCGGGGCUAUGGUGCCAGAGGAGGAACCAGCACGCGAGCUUGUGGCGGUUCUUUUGACUCCGCGGUUCCGUAGACUUGGCAGUCAGAACGAGCUUCCGGGCCCAGGGCUGAACGGGCCAAGUUCCAUGAACCGUAGAGGUGGCUUCUGCCGGAAAAGGAGGACAUGCGGCCCUGUAUAUCCUAGCCAAAGGUGUAGUGAAGGACGCUCUGGUCCUUUUCAAGCUACUCAGCUAUGGGAUGGUAUUAUUCACUCUCUUCAGGCCCAAGUGAAAAUAAAAAGAAGGAGGCAUCGUUUACGAACAUACGAAGACUGUUUUACUGGUUCUGAUGCUGUCAAUGUGGUCUUAAGUCAUCGUAUGCAAAAUACAUGCCUAAGUAGCAAUGAGAUCUCUCGUCUUAAAGGAGUUCGUCUUUGCCAAGUUCUAAUGAAUCACAAAGUAUUUGAACCAGUAGGAAUGAAGAAGCUUUUCAAAAAAGAAAAGGAAUUGGAAUUUGAAGAUUCCAAACGUCUCUACACGUUUCUAGGCAAUAAAUCAUCUUACAAUUGUUGCAAAAGACAAAAGGAUGCUGAGAAUGAGUUCAAUGAUGAAAUAAAACCAAAAGAAACCUUGAAACCAGAAUAUGAAAUGAUUUCAAAUCCUCUAGCACAAGAGAUUGGUGAGGAAAGAAUUGAGGAACUUAUUCAUACAAUAAAUGGGAAUCCAGCUUUAUGUCCAAAUAUCACAGUUCAGAAACCUUUUCUCCGGCUUUCAAAAGAAGAUGUUUGGAAAGAACAAACAUUAUUAUGUCUUCUUUGAUCGAUUCACCUUCCAUUCUUGGACAAUAUUUUGGAGCCUCCAGUUAAAACACAAAAUCUUCUAUUAAACAAAGAGGAAGAUCUUGUUACCGCGAAUACUUGCCUAGACAGAAAACUUAUUCCAAGUUUAUGUCUACUGAAUAAGUGACCAUUGAUCAAUAACUAGCUUAAUGCAGCAAUUGAAUGCUUGGAGUAUUUCCCUGACCAGUUAGUAGUUAUAAAGCAGUUACUGCAAAACAGAAAUGAAGAGACAAGAUUGAACAGUCAGAAGAUACUCUUUGAUGUCAUAGCAAAAUACUAUGCUCAAGAGAGAGAUUGCCUAUUAACUGAUGAGUAUUUUGAUAUUCAUUCAGGACUUAUUGAACUUUUAGAAAAUGAGAAAAGGGCAGAAGCACUUGAAGCAAUACAACUAUAUCUAAGAUUGCUGUUGCCGAACAUUAGAGAAGAAUUACAACGGCUACUUACUUUUAUGGUGGCGUCAAAGCCCAAUGCCUACAAGUUGCAAAAACAGUAUGAUAAUAAAACAGUGGUCCUGAAAACUCUUGCCAAAUCAGUUUCGCAGACCAAAUCAUUAUUAAAAGUGUGGGCAGAACAACUGGUCUGGUUUCUACUGGAGUACCACUCUGAGCUCUUCAAGGUAUCUCUGGCAUUUUGCCUGGGCACUUUUAUUACUAAGCUACUUGUGUCAAGCAAAAAAGAAAAUCAUUCACUUAGUAAAUAAUUUACUAAGUACCUAUAAUGUGCAAAGUUUAAAGAAAUGCUGACUCCCCACACCCAUAAAAGAGAAGGAAGGAGACUUAAAACCAUUUUGUUGGCUGGGCACAGUG